AUGCAUGUCGUUUGGGAGAUAUCUGUGAUUCUGCAAACAUAUAUCAUCUGCACGUCAUCAGCUCAGGCUAUUACAUCCAAGCUUGAUGACAGUUGGUGGGCGUACAAGGAUGUUGUCCAGGAAAGCUUUGUUCCAGUCCCAUCCUUCUGGGGUUUGGUGCACUCAGCCUGGAACCUGUGCACCAUAGGGAAGAGGCAGUCUCCAAUCGACAUCGAAACCAGCCACAUGAUCUUUGACCCCUACCUGACCCCUCUGAGGCUCAACACAGCAGGACGCAAGAUGGGAGGCACCAUGUACAACACAGGGAAGCAUGUGUCCCUGCGGCCCGACAAAGCCCACCUGGUGAACAUCUCGGGGGGCCCGCUGGGUUACAGCUACCGGCUGGAAGAGGUCCGCCUACACUUUGGGAGCGAGGACUCCCAGGGUUCCGAACAUCUCCUCAACGGGCAGGGCUUUCCUGGAGAGGUCCAGCUGAUUCAUUAUAACCAAGAUCUGUACGCCAACUACACUGAGGCAUCUAAGAGCCCUCAUGGCAUCGCCGUGGUCUCCAUAUUCAUUAAGCUCUCUGAAAACAACAACGCCUUCCUCAACCGAAUGCUCAAUAGAGACACAAUCACCAGAAUCAACUACAAACAUGAUGCGUUCUUAUUAAUGGGCCUGAACAUAGCGGACCUCUACCCUGACACCACACGCUACAUCACUUAUGAGGGCUCCAUCACCAUCCCUCCCUGCUACGAGACAUCCACAUGGAUACUAAUCAACAAGCCUGUCUACGUGACACAGAUGCAGAUGCACUCCCUGCGCCUCCUCAGCCAGAACGAGCCUUACAAGAUCUUCAUGAGUAUGAGCGACAACACCCGGCCCACCCAGCCUCUGCUGCAGCGUUGCAUCCGGACCAACAUCAACUUCAACAAGCAGGGCCGCGACUGCCCGAACAACCGCGCCCUCCGCCCACAAUACAGAGUGAAUCAGUGGCUCCUGAAAUAG